CGACCAGCUCGGACACGGACCUUUUCGCUUAUCGAACAGUUUUCCGACCGAAAUCCCGCUUAUCGACCUCGACCCACGUAGCGCGAGGGGAAGGAUCUUCCCAGUCUCGCCUCAGCCUUCGUGUAGAGAGAAUCUAUCGUAAAUUAAACUUCGGUUUGUGAACAGUAUUAGUGUUAUUUAGCGGUCGAUAUAACGAUUCAGUGCGUGUAUAUUAUAUAUACACAAUACUUUGUUUAAAUUGUAAAGUCUCCAGGCAGUGAGGGCUCAUCCUCCUCCAACUAACACUCCAUCAAGCCAUCACUGCGACUUAACGAAAUCCAGAGACGUAUUUCUGCAUAAGCAGCUUCACAGAUUCACGCUGCACGAGCAGGAUUUCAGGAUAUGAGGAGGAUUCCAGCCGCAUCCUGAGCUCCGGAGCGCGCGGCGGCGCCAGACCUCUGUACCGGGAGUCGUUGGGGCUUCCUGCGACGGAAACAUGGCGGCUACCAUGGAAGAUGAACUAGACACAGUCAACGAUGAUUAUUAUUCUCUGUUGAACGUGAGAAGAGAGGCAACUCAGGAAGAGCUGAAGUCCUCGUACCGGCGACUGUGCAUGCUGUACCAUCCAGAUAAGCACAGAGACCCUGAACUCAAGAGGCAGGCCGAGCAGUUGUUCAACCUCGUUCACAGGGCAUAUGAAGUCCUCAGUGACCCCCAGGCUCGAGCCGUAUAUGACAUUUUUGGAAAGAAAGGACUGGAAGUGGAAGGCUGGGAGGUGGUGGAGAGGAAGAAGACGCCCGCAGAGAUCAGGGAGGAGUACGAGCGCCUGCGGAGGGAGAGGGACGAGAGGAGGCUACAGCAGAGGACCAAUCCUAAAGGGACCAUCAGCGUAGGAGUAGAUGCUACAGACCUGUUUGAUCGUUACGAAGAAGACUUUGAGGAGAUGCCAGGAGGAGGGUUCCGUCACAUCGAGAUUAACAGGAUGCACAUAUCGCAAUCUGUCGAGGCGCCGCUGACCACGACGGACACGGCCGUCCUUUCGGGCUCUCUGACCACGCACAACGGAAACGGCGGCGGGAAUAUCGGCCUGUGUCUGAGACGAGUCACCUCGACACGCGGCUGGGGAGAGCUGGAGUUCGGAGCCGGAGACGUCCGAGGGCCUCUUUUCGGAAUGAAAAUGUUCCGUAAUGUUACUACACGAUGCUCCGUGACCGCGCAGUGCGGCAUGCAGUUCUCCUCACGCGGCGUGCGCCCGAGCGCCGGCACCAUGAUGGCGCGUCACCUGGACCAGAACACGAUGGGCUACCUGCAGUGGCGCUGGGGCACAGAGUCGGCCAUGACCACCAGCGUCGUCCGAGACACCAAGACCAGCCACUUCACCCUGGCCCUCCAGCUCGGCAUGCCUCAUUCUUACCUGAUGAUGAGCUACCAGUACAAAUUCCAAGAUGAAGACCAAACCAAGGUCAAGGGUUCUGUCAAGACCGGGUUUUUUGGGACGGUGGUAGAAUACGGCGCCGAGAGGAAGAUCAGCAGGCACAGCGUUCUCUCGGCGACAGUCAGCAUCGGGGUGCCUCAAGGAGUCUCUCUGAAAAUCAGGUUAAACCGAGCCAGCCAGACGUAUCUUUUCCCCAUCCACCUGACAGACCAGAUCUUACCCAGCGCCGUGUUUUACGCCACCGUCAGCCCUCUGCUUGUCUACGUAGCGGUUCAGAAGCUCAUAGUCAAGCCUUAUGUACACGCCCAAAAGGAACAGGAGCUGGAAAAGCACAGAGUGAACUCUGUGACCGAUAUAGCCAAGAAGAGGCAGGAGGCGGAGUCUGCUGUGUUACUGAUGCAGGAGUCGGUGCGAAGAAUCAUUGAAGCAGAAGAGUCCAAAAUGGGUCUCAUCAUCUUAAACGCCUGGUACGGCAAGUUUAUGAUGGACACCAGUCAGAAACCGGAGCGAGCGAAGGUCAUCGACGUGACGGUGCCUCUGCAGUGCCUGGUGAAAGAUUCCAAACUCAUCCUCACCGAGGCGUCAAAGACGGGGUUGCCCGGCUUCUACGACCCGUGUGUGGGAGAAGAGAAGAGUCUGAAGCUGCUCUACCAGUUCCGAGGAGUCCUGCACCAAGUGCUUUCCGGAGACUGCGAAGCUCUUCGGAUACCCAAGCAGUCUCACAGGAUAGCGAGAGAUGGCGAGAGGUAGGAUUCUGCCCCACGAGUGCGAGACAGACGGACGACAGGACGUCGACCGAAGGGGAGUCCGACGGGCUUUCCGAUUUUUUCCCGUCGUGAAUUUGAGUGUGUAAACCACGCCCACUUUUCCUUUACCCUCGAUCUCAUUAGCAUAUUUGAGAUUAUAACUCAUUAUAACAUUUGAGACAAGAGCGCGGUUCACACAGAGCACGGUUACGAGUGAGAGGAUUUAAUUUACCCCGAGAUGUGUUUCGUUACAAAACAGGAAAUCGGUAAGGAAGUGUGUACUAGCAUCAGGAAGAGGCAUUAGCAUGUUCGCACGUUCCUACUGAAAGCUUUUCCUACUGACACUUUGUUAAUUUUGUGGGAUAUAUGCACGCUAAAGAGCGAGAGCGUUUAAUUGGAAGGAGUACAACCUUUCACCACUUGCUUUUUUGCGCCUACGUCAUCGAGAGACUCUUAAACACAAAAAACUGCUGACGCGACAGCUUCCCUGACAAAA